CGGUAAAUUUAAUAACCCUAGUUUUGCAUUGAAACAAAAAAUAGACCAUAGUAUUAUUGACUUACCACCGCAUAACAGCAGAGAUUGUAUUUUAAGCUUAAUAUAUUUAACAUGGCACUGUAUAUAGUGUAAAUUAUUUGUGUCCUGAUCUGUUAAAUUUCAGCUUUUUGCACUAGAGGAAGAGGUUUAUCACUUGUGCUGCAUUCAGCUCGCUUUUCAUCGUUCCUAAGUGGAUAUGUUCUUUUGCCAUGGAAUCAGAUUAAAUUCUACUCAAUCUACAUGACGACUCAAUGGGGUUCUUAGCACAGUUUACAAUAUGGUUUAUACUGUGGACACGUUUGAAAUAUCUAGCGGCUCAAUGUCCUGUCGGCUGGUUUGGUUCCAAGUGUCAGUACAUGUGUCACUGUGAAAGAAAUUCCAUGUGUGACAGUGAUGGUCGAUGUCCGACAAAAUGUAUCACAGGCUGGUUUGGUCCGGGAUGUCAGUACGAGGACCUGGUGACUGUUGAUGGCACACAAAUCUUUACGUCUGCUGGCUCGGGUACUACGUCAUGGUUGACUGAUCGAGACGUGACAACAUGCAACGAAGAUCCGGGUCUUGACGCUAUUACAGUGCAAUGGGAUAAACCUUAUCCUUUCACAUGGUUAAGACUACAAGCUAAAAAUGCAUCUAAUUUGCAAUUGCAUUUUGUAUUUACAAGUUCCAAUAUAUCAUACAGUUGUGUAAAUCAACUUCUAGCUAUUGUUGACACACUGACCGUAGACUACAGAUGUGAGGUCAAUAAUACAAUAACGAGUCUAAGAGUUACGGGACCUGGUCUCAAUGGACUGUGCUCGUUAUACGUCAGUGGUGAUCGCAAUGUUGCUUUAAAACAACCCUCAGAUCAGACGGGGACUUAUCAGGAGUCUAAUUUUUUUUAUACUUCUUCCUUGGCGGUUGAUGGUGAUACCAAUCCAUACUUUCUACAAAAUAAAUGCACUCACACCACUCAAGACUCAACACGAAGUGUCUAUCCAGCAAGCUGGACACUAACACUGGACACCGCACGAGUGGUCAGCAGGAUUACAAUAUAUAACAGAGCCGACUGUUGCAGUGAUAGACUCGAAAGUUUUAAACUAGAGUCACUGGACACUAACAAUCACACAGUAUGGACAUACGAGGGUCCAGUCAACGCGUCACUGGUCUAUAAAUUAAACACUCUGCAGCAGAAACCUGUCAAGAAGAUAUUAAUUUUAGCAACUAAGAAUGACACUCGAUAUCAUAUGGCUAUACUUACUUUGUGCGAAGUCUUUGUGUUUGGAGACUGUGAACUAGGAACAUGGGGGCUUGAAUGCGCAAGCCCCUGCCCGGCAGAAUGUAGAUAUUCGUGCAAGCAAGAUACAGGAACAUGUUAUCAAUGCCUAGGGUAUCUGGAUCCUCCUCAUUGUAGUAAAGAAUGUGCUUCAGGGAAAUGGGGACACAACUGCAGUUAUGAAUGUAACAAUCUAUGCUUGCAACAAACGUGUGACAGAGUUACUGGACUUUGCCAUCAACAAGUUCCAACUACUGCUUCGACCUUAGUUUCAGAGUCCUGCAGUUCCUUAGGUUUGGGCGCUGGAAUAGGUAUAGGCAUUGCUGUUGGUGUGAUCAGUGUGAUAUUAGUUGAAAUAGCUCUAUACUUCGUAUUUAUCAAGCGUAGACAACCAGCAGAGGCUAUGAACGACCCCGUAGAUAUGAAAGAAGGGAGGCAAAUUCAACAGUAUGACACCGUGAAAGAAAAUACCCCGGAUAAACCACACUAUGAAAGCGUGGACUCAAACGACAUGGAGAAGACUCUAGAGACAAAAGCGUCUUCGUCAAUAAACUCUUCACCUUAUGAAAACGAAUCGACACAGUAUGAAACCUACAGUCUUAAAAAUGUGUAUAGAUAAUGUAAUGGGUAGAUAAUGUAAUGGGUAGACAUUACGCUCAGAACGAGUAUAAUUAAUCAAAUAAAACUUUAGACAUUUGAAAUAAUCUACGAUUAAAGAUAGACUCCAAUCGUGGAUUUAAAAAUGUUUAAAUGUAUUAAAAUUGUGUUCAUAACCUACAGAACAGAACAUAUGUUGUGACAUUUAAAAACACACUUCAGUGAUUUUUUAUUAAACAAAAUUACUGCUCCUACUAGAAUAUACAAUUCACCAUAUGUAUCAAUUUUAUACAUGCUAUCAUAAUAAAAUAUAAUACAUAAAUGAUAUUAUGACAUUUUAAAUUGUGUCGACAUUAGCACAAGAGGUCAAAAUCAUUUUUAGAUAUUUUAAUCAGUAUAUUUCAAUAAUAAGUUCGGUAACAAUAAUUACCUAAAUUCUAACUCAUGGCUCAAGCCGACAUAAUAACCACUCUGCUAGUAAUGUGCGCAUGACAGUAGUCAAAUAUAUAGUAAUGUUAUCUUUGUUUUAAACUCACUAUAAAGCGGCGACCUGUAAUGGGUUUCAAAAAUUGUCAUGGACAGGGGGUUGUUAAUGAGGAUAAGCUAAUAUUGUCUAUAAAAUACUCAAAUUAUGGGGACUAAUUCAGCUUACACCUAGACUUUAGUCAGGUACAAUUUCUUUUCCUUGUUCGAGAUACCAAACCAAUUAAUAAUUUAACAAUAGUUAAUAGACUUAUAGAUUAGUACUUUUUUUGUAUUGAUUCUUGUUUUUUUUUUCGGGUAAAAUAAAUAAUUGUGCAAAAUUUCCACUUGAUUCGAGCGUUGGAGAAUUAACGUGUACAAACUUUUUACCGAACAGACAGAAAUAGUGAGUUGAUAUAAGCUUUGUAAUAACAAACUAUCAACAGUGGCGUAGCUAGAGUGGAGGGAGGAGGGAGGAGAAUUUGAAACCCCCCUACCCGGGCCCCCUUUUGACGAGGUGACCCUAAAUGAGUUGUUGUUUUUUUUACAUUAAAAAUUAAAUAUUACGCAAAAUGCAGGGGCCCCAAAGAGGUAAAGCCCCCCCCCCACCCACCCACGCGGGCCCAAAACGAUGGAAAAUUCCUAGCUACGCCCCUGACUAUCGAGUGGUUCGUUAAUUAAAAAAAUAUAAUAGAGCAGGAUCUCCUGAGGUCAUUUACAUCCAAUUGUACUCAGUGCACGAGCCUCCUUGUCCAUUAUCUAUACAUGGGAAGCGUGGAUAUUUACAGACUUUCAUUUUUGUACUAAGAUUAAGUAACUACUAGAAAUAAAAUAUUGUAAAUUUUAAAUAGUACAUACAAUGUACAUUCUCAUUUAAAAAAAACAAACAUUUAUAAACAUAUAGUUUGGAUGAGACGGAGAGACCAGUUUGAUACAUCGGUACACGGUUGACUCGGGAGUACUAUUAUCUACGCAGUGUUUCACAAAGUGGGGUAGGCGUAACCCCAUGGGUACGGAAAGACUUUAGAGGGGGUUGCACCUCAUUAACUAGACUGGGUUUUUUUUAAAGCACCCAUUUAUUAUGUUCAUUCUUCUCCUAGACGCAAGGCUAGGGGGUUCUCAGCGUUUCAAAAAUUAUAAAAGGGGUACACCUUAGUCAAACAUUUGAGAAACACUCCUCUACGGGGAAGCACGUGUAUAGCUGGUAUUACGUUGUACAUUAUUGGCUGUUGUUUUACUAGAUAUUAAAUUGUUACUUUAUUUGGGAGCCUUGAGUUUCCAAGUUCUUUAAGUUGGUAAUGUUGUGUGGUGCAGUGUUUGCAGUGAGCCUGGUUAGUGAGAGUCGUCACAAUGUAUCCGUAUUAAUAAAUCAUUUUUUCAACUUGAUUGUAGAAAUGUAUUUUUUUUUUACAUUUUUUAAACACACUUUAUAUGAACGAAGUGGUCGUCUCCUUUCCAUUAGAACUAAAACAGAAAGAUUUUAAAACUCCUUUAUCCCACUUCCGGUCAGAGUGUUACAAGGUCAUCUCUCGUCAUCGAGAAGGUCAUAGAAGUCUAAUUUAUAAAGCGCUGGUUGUGAGUGUGUAUGUGUUUCGUGUGUGAAUGUUGUUCGUAUUUUCAUCAAAAUUGUUAUUGUUACAGUCAGGGGCGGACUGGCUAUAUGGGCAUUCGGGCAAAUGCCAGGUAGCCCGGUACCCAAAUGGGCCGGUAGGGUCACCUAAAGGUCCACAUGAAUGCCACUUUGGUACGUAUUAAAUUGUUAAUGGCUUUAUAACAUUCUAUGAGCGUCGUGUUAAAAAAAUCGUUUAUAGACUACAUUAUAGGUCCUAAAUAGUCCUAAUACUAAUUUAAUUUAAGACAUUUUCCAAAAUAAUGUAAUAGCCUACAUCCGUAGAGAAGUGCAACUUGUAAGCUUCAUCCUUUUAGGGCCUCCACACUUAGCGACGAAAAAGCAACAUGGGGCCUUCAUGUCUUACAAAGAUAUAUAGUAUGCGUACAGUUAUAGAUACAUUAUUAAACUUAACAUAACGAUUUUGAGAACAGGUAAGCCUAAAAUUGGAGGCCCAUCGUAUGAUAUACAAUUUAUGGGCCGGAGUGUAUAGACAUGCCUGGGCCGAUUUUGACACCCAGUCCACCCCUGGUUACAGUAGUUACGCUGAGGUGGUUAAGUGUAGUCAAACUGAAUUUCCAUUAGAUUGAACCAAUAAAAAUUGUUCUAUAUUAUCAUAUCAUAUCUUAAGUAAAUAAUAUUAAUUAAGUUAUUCUGUAACCUGUUGUGGUAUUAUUAACGGUCGUUGACUAGUAGUACGAUACUACUGGCAGACAACUAAACCGCUGGAGGCGUAUUAUAUCUCAACUAAUGAAACUUCAGUAACUUAUUUGUGGACAAUACUAAAUAUAACUUUUAUUAUCAUAUAGACAAAAUCAAGUUGAUAUGAGAUAAAAUAAAUGUUAUAGACUUAAGUAAUAAUAUUUUUUAACAAAAUCUAUUUCACUUCAGUAACACAACCUUUCAGUCUCACGUUCUGUCCUAAGACCGCUGACGACAAUGGCACC